CCAGCAGUCCACAGUCCACACGCGAGAGCGCAAGGCACAGCCGGGUACGUACGGCAGUCGGCAACCAAGUUAGCUAAGCUAGGAGGCAUGCGGCGCGGCGGCGGAGAGAUGGAGGAGACAGCGGCGGCCAAGAACCGCAGCGGCAGUGUUGGUGAGGGCGCCGUCGUGGAGUUGGAGGUGGAGGUGGAGGAGGGGCCUCGGUUCCGGCGGGUGUGCGUGUUCUGCGGGAGCAGCUCCGGGAAGCGCAGCUGCUACCGCGACGCCGCCGUCGAGCUGGGCAAGGAGCUGGUUGCUCGUGGGAUGGAUCUGGUGUACGGCGGUGGCAGCCUGGGGCUCAUGGGGGAGGUCUCAGAGGCCGUUCACAAGGCCGGCGGCCACGUCAUCGGCGUCAUACCCACCAUUCUCAUGGGCAAAGAGAUCACCGGGGAGACGGUGGGGGAGGUGGUGGCGGUGUCCGGGAUGCACGAGCGGAAAGCGGCCAUGGCGCGCAACGCCGACGCCUUCAUCGCGCUGCCCGGCGGCUACGGCACCCUGGACGAGCUGCUCGAGGUCAUCGCCUGGGCGCAGCUCGGCAUCCACACCAAACCAGUGGGGCUGCUGAACGUGGAUGGGUACUACGACUUCCUGCUGGCCUUCAUCAUCGACAAGGCGGUGGACGACGGCUUCAUCCGGCCAUCCCAGCGCCACAUCUUCGUCAGCGCCCCCGACGCCAGGGACCUCGUCCACAAGCUCGAGGAGUACGUGGCGGUGGAGGAGGACGACCCCGCGGCGCCCAAGCUGCUGUGGGAGAUCGAUCAGCACUUGAUUAAUUACGCUAGUCAGUAGUCACCUACUUUUUCAUUUUACCACGCUUUAGCUCCGGUGCAUAUCUCUAGCUCGUCAGAGUCUUAGCAAUGUGAGUAUGAAUUAUAUAUCCCAAAAGCUAUUCCAUUGUAAAAUAGUACAUUUGAAAUUUCCAAUUAAUGGUAUCAUUAUUGCAAUAUAUAACUUGUGUAAUGUUCAUCAAA